AUAAGAAUUUCCUUUUUUAUUUCCACCAAGCCAAAUUAGCAAGACGCAGUCAAGAACGAGACAAUCUCGGCAUGCUGGUCUGGUCACCUAAUCAGAAUCUAUCAGAAGCAAAACUGGACGAAUACAUUGCCAUUGCCAAAGAGAAGCAUGGGUACAAUAUGGAACAGGCUCUUGGGAUGCUCUUUUGGCAUAAGCAUAAUAUUGAAAAAUCAUUGGCUGAUUUGCCCAACUUUACCCCCUUCCCAGAUGAGUGGACUGUGGAAGAUAAAGUCUUGUUUGAGCAAGCCUUUAGUUUUCAUGGGAAAACUUUUCAUAGAAUUCAACAAAUGCUUCCUGACAAAUCUAUAGCAAGUCUGGUGAAAUUUUACUACUCUUGGAAGAAAACGAGAACCAAGACCAGCGUGAUGGAUCGCCAUGCUCGCAAGCAGAAGCGGGAGCGGGAGGAAAGUGAGGAUGAACUAGAAGAAGCAAAUGGAAACAAUCCCAUUGACAUUGAGAUGGAUCAAAAUAAGGAGAGCAAAAAGGAGGUGCCACCUACUGAGACAGUUCCUCAGAUCAAAAAAGAAAAACAUAGCACACAAGCUAAAAAUAGAGCGAAAAGGAAACCUCCGAAAGGAAUGUUUCUUUCUCAAGAGGAUGUGGAGGCCGUCUCUGCCAACGCCACCGCCGCCACCACGGUGCUCAGACAGCUGGACAUGGAGCUGGUCUCAGUCAAACGGCAGAUUCAGAACAUUAAACAGACAAACAGUGCUCUCAAAGAGAAGCUUGACGGUGGAAUAGAACCGUAUCGCCUUCCAGAGGUCAUUCAGAAGUGUAAUGCACGCUGGACCACGGAGGAGCAGCUUCUGGCUGUACAAGCCAUCAGGAAAUAUGGCCGAGAUUUUCAGGCUAUCUCAGAUGUGAUUGGGAACAAAUCAGUGGUACAAGUGAAAAACUUUUUUGUAAAUUAUCGACGCCGCUUCAACAUAGAUGAAGUUUUACAAGAAUGGGAGGCAGAGCAUGGGAAAGAAGAGACCAACGGGCCCAGUAACCAGAAGCCUGUGAAGUCUCCGGACAGUGCUAUCAAGGUUCCUGAAGAGGAAGACGAGGCCGCUUCUGUUCUCGACGUCAGAUACGCAUCUGCCUCCUGAGAAACUCUGGUAGCUCCGAGCACUUGGUAUGGACGACUGUGUUAUACCCAGGAUAUCAGGUAUUACAAGACAUCACCUAGCCAUCUGCAUCACAUCUCCGUGGACAAGCAGCUAUUACCAAAAAAGGCGUACACUUCCAGUCCUGUGCUACAUCUGCCUUAAUUCCUCGCUCGUUCCUCCAUGUUGGCGCCGCCUCCCACACAGCUCCACCGCAUCUCACACGCUGCCUAAGUGCUGGGGGACCUCGUGGCCGGCACCCUCCUCUAACUCUGGGGACCCCCUCCCCGGUCGGAGCUCCCGAGCCGUCAGUGGCAGCUCUUGCCAUCAGCAGCCGCAGAACAGGUGGUCGGCGCGGGAGCACGGCCCGCGGUGUCUACCUUGUGCAUAGUGUACUUUUCAGAGUUAACUGUGACCCUGUCAGCCUUCUAGAAAUUGCUCUCGUUCUUUUCUGAGGCAUCCACCUAAGUGAUAUCAUGCUUCUUUGGAAACCACAGUAUAUUGGCAGACUGCAUCAUCACCUUUAUCGUGCCAAACGCCCUGAUUCAACCCCAUUUCCCCGAGGAGGGUAGGAUUACGGCUCAGAACGUGGUUGGCUUCCCCCCCGUCCGCCCCGCCCAGCGGCUGGAAAGCCACUCGCUGCAGCGCUCCGUGGACACCGAGCUUCACAGGGAUGCGGACCUCAGCGCUUUCUGCCUUCAGCUCUCAGCGUCGCGACCCCAGGAUGGGUGCCACCCCGUCUUCUCCCGACUCCCCACCACCCAACUCCAAGAAUUUGGUCCACACCACUGCACCUGGUGCUCGUACAUUGGAAUCGGUGCCUUCUCCUUUGGCAACCACGUUAUCCAUCCUUUUCUGUUUUAGUGUCUUAUUUCUUCCUUCAAGUUUAUUGCUUGCCAAAGACGACAUCACUGAGAUGCGGAGGCGGGAGAGCCUGCUACAGAUGCCGACAGAGUGCAGACUGCAGGUGUCACUUAGCGCGACAAGGGCAUCCGAGUAGCUGGCGAUGGGUUUGUAAGAGCUACACGUUUGUCCUCCGACCUCUUGGUUUGCCUGGCCUCGUUCAUGUCACUCCACAUCUCCUUCUGUGUCCUCCGUGUGCUGACGUGACCGCGUAAACACCAUCCCCCCUCUUUUCGUAUUAUUAGUACAGGACAGAAAUGGUUAGUUUAUCGGUUCUAGUGAGACCAAGAUGGAAAGAAACGAUCUGCGUAGUGGUAUGUAAUGCCUUUUCGUUGGGCUGGGAACAAGUGAAAAUCUCUAAUAAAUGUCCCGAGGCUUCCAGAAUCA